GGGUACAUGUGAUAUUAAAUUAAAACAAUAUAGAUAGAGUACUCUGAGCAGACCAAAACUCCACCACAAAACUUGUUCAUCCUUUAUCUCAAACAAUGGCCCACAAACAACUGCACGUAGCAAUGCUUGCAAGUCCCGGCGCUGGCCAUUUACUCCCAAUAUUAUUACUCGGCCACCGUCUUGCCACCCACCACAACCUCCGUGUCACCGUUCUCGCCGUCACUGCCACCGCCUCACACUCUCUAUCCCAACUCAUUACUUCCUUAACCACCCACAACCACCUUUCUGUCAUCCAAAUCCCAGCUGCUGACGUCUCUGGCGUCGCUCCACCCGACGCCCAAGUUAUCCUGCAACUUUGCGUUAUGAUGCGGGAAACUAUUCCCGCCAUCCGUACCACCAUCUCCGCACUGGACUCCCGUCCCCACGUCCUCGUUGGCGAUAUUUUCGCCAUCGAGUCGUGUGUCAUCGCGGAAGAACUGGGGAUACCCAAGUACGUGUUUGUAACUGGGAAUGCAUGGUUCACGGCACUCUUCACUUACUCUCCAGUGCUGGAUAAGCUAGUGGUGGGUGAAUAUGUGGACCAGAAAGAGCCGUUGGAGAUACCCGGGUGCAAACCGGUCCGACCGGAAGAUGUUACGGACCCCUUGCCGAACCGGUAUGAUGAAACGUAUAAUGUUUACCUAGACUACGCGGUUCGUGUAACUUUGGCAGAUGGCUUGUUAAUAAACACGUGGGAAGAUCUUGAACCUCAAUCUCUUGACGCACUACGAACCAAUGAGAUUUUACGGUCAGUGGUGAAGUACAAACCGGUUUACACAGUUGGACCGGUAAAUAAAAGAUACGAACCGGAACUGGUUGUGUUAAAGGAUGGGGUCAUUGAGUGGCUCGACAAGCAACCAAACCGGUCGGUUAUAUACGUGUCGUUUGGAAGCGGAGGGACGAUGUCAGCCGAGCAAAUUAAAGAGUUGGCUUGGGGUUUGGAGUUGAGCCGACAAAGAUUCGUUUGGGUGGUGAGGCCACCGACCGGACACCGUCCAGACGGUUCUUUUUUUAGUGAUGGUCAAUCAGACGCUACAUUUGACUAUCUUCCAGAAGGCUUUUUGACACGAAAUAAACAUGUUGGGUUUGUGGUGCCAUCAUGGGCCCCACAGAUGGAGAUUUUGAAUCACACGUCUGUCGCAGGGUUCUUGACACACUGUGGAUGGAACUCAGUGUUAGAGAGUCUUACGAGUGGAGUGCCGAUGAUUGCAUGGCCGUUGUAUGCGGAGCAAAAGAUGAAUGCAGCCAUGUUAACGGAGGAGCUGAAGGUGGCAAUGAGGCCGGAGGUGUCACCUACCGAGAAAGUGGUCGAUAGAGAGCAGAUUGCUAGGAUGGUGAUGAAUUUAGUGGAGGGUGAAGAAGGAAAAGCAAUGAAAAUGAAAGUAGACAUUUUGAAGGACGGCACAGACAAGGCAAUAAGCGAAAAUGGUUCAUCCUACUUAUCGAUUUGUAAGUUUAUUAAGGAUUGUUGGUCUAAAAUUCAGUAGUCAAAAGUAAUAUAUAAUAAUAUUGCAAAAUAUGAUUUAAGUGAAUUUAUAAAUAUAUCUAUAACAUAUAUAUGUAUCUAUUUCUUAGUUUAAUAAUAUUGUAAUAAUCAUCCUUUCUUAAUCUUUAUAGUA